GAUGCUACCUCGUCCGGCUCUUCUACCUCGGCGCCUGGAGAUGCGUCUGGGUCAGUGACCAGGUCCCAGUCGAUGCCACCGACUCCCCCCUCCUGCCGUUCUCUCCUCUCCUUAGUAAUAUGCCUACAGGCAAGCCGGGGCCCAAGCAAGUGAUCACUACUGUCACAGCACCGAUCGUACAUCUGUGGCCUUUGCUGCUCUGCAAGGCGUUGCUAAAGUUGGCGGCUCCUGACAUGAAUUCUGAUGAGGAGCUGGAUUCUGUGGAAGACGAGCCGAUGCCUGAGUUCAACAUGAUGCAUGCCCUUACGGGGGCAAUGAACUUGACAUACAACGUCAGUGAUAUCGAAGAGCUCUGGAACCUGCUCACAACAGAAGUGCCAGUGUUCGGCUGGGAUGAUGACGAUGACACACUAGCCAGCACUGUCAAGUCAAGGAGCACCAAGAAGCCCACCACCAAAGAGGCUGCUGUGCGAAGCUCAAUGACUUUCGUAACUAUCGGCGACUCGAAGAACCAUGCGCCUUACGCCCUGCCAGGGAUCACUCCCGCGCAUGAGAUGGAGUUGAUCGUCAGCAUGGCCAGAGACCUGCCAUUGAAGAAACCUUUGCCAGAGCCCGGUAAGACACUGGAAAAUCUAUUGAUAGACGUAUCAUCGCCAUCAAAAAACAAAGAAGAAGAAGUAGAUUUUUAA